AACACGCUUUGACAUAUAAAUAAAGCUUCUUCCACAUGAAAAAAAAAACAAAAAAAGCUUAUUGAACAGAAUCCAGUGUAAAUUGAUGAACGUCCAGUGAUUGAUGGAGAUAUAAGCCUGCCCUUGUUGUCCUUGUAAACGUGAUGGAUUUUGAAGGCAAGAAGUUUGGAAGUGGGGUGAGGGAGCUGUGUGGCGCCGUUGAUCUCGUAAAUCAAUUCAAGCUUUGGCCUCAUCAUGAAUACUUUUGCAAGAGGUCACUCCCUUUGUCGGUAUCAGGGACUCACUACCUCCAGAAUGUCGUUGGUGACACAGAAAUUAGGAAAGGAGAAGGAAUGGAAUUGGAUCAGCUCUUUCAGAAUACCCUAUAUAUGCGAGAGCGAAAAGCCCACAUGCAUACAUUUGAUUUAGGUGUACUCAGUGAAGCCUUUCAGAUGAGGGAAACUACUCCUGUUAGCCUUCCUUGUGCAGAGAAAGGUAUCCCUACGAAUGACUCUUUAAAACUUGAGGAAAGGAUUCUCAGAAUGCACAAAAAACACAAAAAGAAAAAUAAAGACAAGGAUCGUACGAAGCAUAAACAUAACAAUGAGGAUGGGAGUAAUAAUAACAAGCAUAGAAAAAGAAGCGGGGUGGAACUUGGUCCCAGUAUCAUGAAGCAACAGCAUGACAAGGUUCUUGGACUCUUUGUUCUUGCGUUGCCUCAUUUUUAUGCUCCAAUGCUUUAAUAUCAUGGAGAAACAUUGCCUGGUAGGUUUGCGAAGAGCAAAUGUCACCCUCUACUUCUCUAGAGAUGCAUAAAAUUUUGGAACCAUGAUAUCGGUAUAAGGUUCAAUGUGCACCUCAAGCAAUUUUCAGCAUAAUCACAGCUAUAAAAGACGCAUAAGUUUUAAAACGCAUAAAUAUUAUCAUGUUUGUGUAUUAUUUUCUGUAUGUUGAUUCCAACUUUGAGCUGCAUGCUUGAAGUAAUGAGCCGUGCAUGUGUUUCACUUAAUAUACGUUUUUCGGUAAUUUAUACGGCUAUAUAUUUUGACUUUCAAAUUAGUCUAGUAAUUAGAAGCUGUGAAUAUAUCUUUAAUUUAUCCAUUUU